UCUCUCAUUUGCUGAAAACGUUGCAGGAGCAUUCAGACAAAUUCUCGCCAUGCAAGGAUUUGAUGUGCCGAAUUUACAACCGCUAGAUGGCAGUAGUAAUCACGAAAAUAGCAAUGCUAAAAUUUCUUCAAAAGCAACUGAACUCAGUCCAGUAAUUACUACAACAUCUGGACCAGUGCAGGGAGCCAAAUAUCCCGAAAGUUAUGCAUUUUACAGCGUGCCAUAUGCUCAACCACCCAUCAGAUAUCAGCCACCCGAACCGAUCAUUAAUCCUCUGAGCAGCAUCAAUGCAACCGUGUCGGACAUACUCGUCUGCGAACAACUGAAGAAAAAUUGCUCAAAUGGUGUCUGUAUCCAUAACACUAACGAAGACUGUCUCGUUUUAAAUAUCAACGUCCCACAGUCAGUUCAAUUUGUAAAUUCAGUUCCAACCAGUCAGAACCGUCCAGUACUGGUUUGGUUCCACGGCGGCGGAUUCUUCGCCGGAGGAGCAACAGUUCCAGAAUUUGAAUCAAGGACGUUUAGCAUGGAGACGAACUCAAUUAUUGUAACUGCUAAUUAUCGACUUGGAGCGUUUGGAUUUCUUGUCCACGGAGAAGGCGAAGACAUGCUUCGGGGCAAUCAAGGUCUGAGGGAUCAACAGUUAGCAUUGAAAUGGGUGCAAGAUAAUAUUGGAAAGUUUGGCGGAGAUCCGAACAUGGUUACCAUCUUUGGAAACAGUGCAGGAGGACAGUCCGUUAUGUUCCAUCUUGUAUCUGAAACAAGCAAACCUCUUUUUCAUCGAGCAAUAAUGCAGAGCAAUCCCGCUGUGUUUCAGUACCAAACAUUAGAAGAAGCCAAAAGAGUUACAAAUAGAUUACUAAGGUUUCUGGGAUGCCCGAAUGAUACUCUUGCGAAUGAACGACAAUGUCUAAUGGAUGCAACACCACAGCAACUCAACGCUGGGCUGGUCGCUGCGAUGCCAAUGUCUCUAUAUGAAGACCAAGAUUUAUGGAGCACGGUAGAGGCUUUCCGACCUGUCCUAGAUGGGGUAGAAUUCACAAAACAACCGUUUGAAAUGUUUCAAGAAGGGACUUGGAACACAGAGAAGGACUUGAUAGUCGGUACAAACACAAAUGAACUUGAGAUUAUUCAGUUCUAUAUCCCCGAACAAGGACCUGGCGGGAAACCAAUUCCCUUCACUGAAGCGAUGUACGACGCGUUGAACAGAUUCCUGUUUGGCGAAGAAAUUGGAGCGAAGGUUUCAGAAAAAUAUAAAAGCACAGUCUCAGGUCCUCCCAUUUCAAAAGAUUACAAACAAAUUUUAGGAUUGGAGGCAUCACACAUGUUUUUUGAUUGCCCCAGUCGUCUUAUGGCCAGAUUUGCUUCAAAUACUUCAUCAUCUGGGAACGUGUUUCUAUACGCCAACAACCACCCAAUGGACGGGCCGACAUGUUUAGAUGUUGUGAAGCCUCCAGAAAUGUGCGGAAUGUCAUUCCAUGGAGGCGAACCACCGUUUAUAUUCAGAAGUGGGCCAUUUUACGGAUACGACUUUCGGGAAGAGGAUACAGCAGUUGCAAAUCAGUUCGAUUAUUACUGGGCGAAUUUUGCACGAACUGGCAACCCUUCGAACCCAGGACCACAAAACGAAGCCUCACACAGCAUUGAGCCGUCUUCCGACUGGCCAAAAUACGUGGACUCCGCAACUUCCAAAGACCCACAGGGGAUAUUAAAUUCCAGAUCCGUUGGGCGCAAAAUUAUCCGUCAUAACGAUUGGUCCAGGAAGGAUAAAAUAAAUCAGUUUUUGCCUUUUGGGUUAACUUUCGUUCCGCUGCAAUCAGGUUUUCUUGGCGAAAACAAGGCGUCUACUUCCUGGCAAAAUAUCCGAAUUGACUCUCAAAAUAAUCAGGUAGAAGAAGCGUACUUGGAGGAUUUUUGUGAUUUCUGGGACAGCCUCGACUACUAUAUUACAAUCGAUAGUUCUUCUCCGACUCCGUUGGGCACAACUCCGGUUACUCACACCACCUCCUCCAAUAAUCCGGUUACCACCCGUACAACUACUCACCUAGUUACCAAUGAAAACCUUAACGCUACAGAGAUAAUAAUAUCCACUACCAGUGACUCAGUUUGUAUUAGACAGUUUGUAUUGCGUACAUUAGCUAUUAGCAUCAUUGGUCCAUUAUUAUCCUUGAUUCAUUGAAAGAUUUUUAUAUUGUAAAUACUUUUUCCGUUUACGGGAACAUAGUCUUGUAAUAAUUAGUUAAUAUAUUAUUGUUAUACAGGGGGUCCAUAAUAAAGUCCAUUUACAAUUUCAAUUUUGGUAUGAAGUCAGUUCUCAAAAUAUAUCCU